GCAAAGAAGAAUUGGAAAUCAGUCGCUUCCCUUCUGGACUCAAGUCAGCAGAAGAGUGAACUUCAUAUUAAUAGGUAAAUCCUACAUCAAGCGUAAAGGAAGUACACUUUUUUUGAUUCGGCGCUUAAUAACUCGUACUUGACGUUGGUUUCGGUUCGAUCAACUAUCCUUUUUGAAGCGGAUAGUUCACAGUGCUCAUUCUCAAAAAAAGCGGAAAAGCCAUGAUGUUUCCACUCCAUUUUCAUUACGAAGAUGUAUUACGUCAGGAUCUGUUGCUCAAACUGAAUCACGCCAAUGUUAUGGAAGUUCCUGGAUUGUUUGAAAUAAGAUUAGUACCAAAAGCUGCCUCUGAUUUCAGAAUCCAAUUUGGAAAAUUGGCUAUGGAGAUUUUGUGCGGUCAGAGAUUCAUACAGACACAAAGGGGGCCCUAUUUUCAAGCAGGAAAGUCGUUUCGAUCCAAUCCAUUCUUGGGGUCCGAAAAAGACACUGGAUAUGUCAGUGACUUUGCACGACAAAGCGUUCUCCGAGGGCAUGGAAUGUACCAUUUUUUGGUCAGAAUCUUUACAGUAAUGUCUAUGUUGGAUUCUCCGGUCGAAAUACGGGAAAACUCCAUCAAAUUCUUUAUGGAAACGGAGUUUUGCGAAUUCUCCCCGGAACUGGAAGAUCAUUUCGAGAUCUUCGAGCAUAUUCGAGGGUUCAAUGUGACUAUUGUCACUUCGGCCAAUACAAAAGAUGAGACUUUACUACUGUGGAGUGGCUUUUUGCUAAAAGAUGAGGGGGAAACUAAGUAA